GUGUUCAUUUCAAAUGAUUAUUUUAGAAAUUUGAUUAAGAUAAUCUAUUUUAUUUCAUCAUUUUCUAAAUUAUUUUUCAUCUAAUAUUAGAUGAGAUUGUUUGGAGUAACAUAAAAUGAAUAGGGUCCUUUCAGCUGCAUAAGAGAUGAAGAUAAAAUUUUGGUUUAAGAAAAGAAGGGCAAUUUUCAUCUGUUUCCUUUUUGUCAAAAGGAAGAUUAUUAUACAGAUGCAAGGCUUUGGGAGAAAAUAUAUUAAAGCCUUUUGGAAAGGUUUUUUUGUUGCUGUUCCUGUGACUGUCACUUUCCUCGACAGACUGGCUUGUAUAGCAAGAGUAGAAGGGACUUCAAUGCAGCCUUCACUGAAUCCAGUGGAACAGCGAAUAUCUGAUAUAGUGCUUUUAAAUCAUUGGAGUAUUCGGAAUUAUGAAGUACAACGUGGAGACAUAGUUUCACUUGUGUCUCCAAGAAACCCAGAACAGAAGAUCGUUAAACGAGUGAUUGCUCUUGAAGGGGACAUCAUCAAAACCAUAGGCUAUAAAAAGAAAUAUGUGAAAAUUCCACAUGGCCAUAUAUGGGUAGAAGGCGAUCAUCAUGGGCACAGCUUUGACAGCAAUGCUUUUGGUCCGUACUGGGGCCGCAACUCUGGAUUUUGUGGAUUGAAUGAAGCCCUGCACUAGGACUAACGUCCUUUCUGCAGGAGGGCCGAAUGUCAGCCUCCACAUGCUACCUUUAUUGUUUUAUUACUGUUAGUUAAUUGUUUUAUUGCUGUCUUUUAGUGCUAGGCAUUGGGAAGGGGUAAUGUAUCCUUGAUUAAGGGCUAGCUGCUUUGGCUGUCAUGAAAUGGAGGGGGGGAGUUUAGGCAGAAAUGAAACUUAAUUUGCUAGAGAUUAAUAGAAUGUAUUCAAAGUCUAGAAAGCGGGCUGAUAACACUCACAGCUAACGGUCCGUCCAUAACAGAGAGAUGAAACCAUCUGGAGAUGAUCCUCACGUGACACCUGAGGAAAAGGUGGAUUGGAAAAGGCUGCCUGACCUUUGGGGGGAGGAGGGAUUAAUGUGGGAACUUGUAUGUGUAAACCACACCUAUUGUCCAGAGCUUGCUUUACUUUCGGUGCAAUCAGUUCUUUUUUAAAAAAAUUAUUUUUAUUACGAUUUUUUUCCAUAACAAUUGUACAUAUUCAACAGAGCCAUGACAUUAUUGUAUAUUUUGGAUCUACCUUCCAUAUAAUUUCUAUAUACAUUAUAUACAUCUAAUCAUCAAUAGCCUUAUAUGUAUUUUGUUUUCUAUUUCUAUUGAUUGUCCAUGUCUACCAAUUUUCCCAGACCGCAUAGUAUUCUGAAUCUUUUUUUUCUUGUAGUUCUGUGGGAAGCCUGUCCAUUUCUGCGCAAUCACAUACUUUUUGGAUAAUCAGACUUUCUGGUGGUAUGUUACUAAGUUUCCAAUAUUGCACGAAUGCAAUCCUUGCCACUGUUAUAAUGUGCAAAAUCAAGUAUCUGGUUUUUUUAUCAAAUUUUGUCUUAAAUAUUCCCAAGAGAAAUGUUUCUGGAUUCAGUUCAAUUUGGCAUUUUGUUAUAUCCUGUAACCAUCCCUGCAUCUUAAUCCAGUACCUUUUCGCUGUAGGGCAUGUCCACUAGGCAUGAAAGAAGGUACCUUGAUGUUGAUUACAUUUCCAGCACUUUGGACUUAGAUUCGGGUACAUUUUGGCCAACCUAUCUGGUGCUAGGUGCCAGCGGUAAAGCAUUUUAUAUUGAUUUUCUUUGUAAGUAGUAGAUUUGAUUAAUUUUAAAUUUUUAUUCCAGAUUAAUUCCCAAUUAUCUAAAUCUAUAUUGUGCCCUAUAUUCUUUGCCCAUGCAAUCAUUGGUUCUUUCACCACCUCUUCCAUUCUAUCAAACGCUAGUAGGUAUUUGUAUAAUUUAGAUAUUAAUUUUCCUUCUGGGCCUAUCAAUAAUUUGUCUAGUUGAUUUGGUUCCAAAUCAAUUCCAAAUUCUUCCAUGUCUUUCUUACAUCUGGAUUGCAAUUGUAAAUAUGGCCACCUGUCAGCCUCUGCUUUAUUUAAGUGUAUUUCACCUACUAGACUGUUUUACUGUUUUAUUACUUCGUUAAAGGUUUUCUUCUUACUGAAUGUCUUACAUGAUUUAUGGAGGAGGAGGGAGGUUUGUACUGUUGCCAGCGUUCGGCUGACAUUGCAUGUGGGGGGGUGGGGAGAUAGUCUUUCAAACAGACGUAUUGAUGUAACGGGAGUUGCCUGCUUCACAUUCCAUCCCGAAGAUUGACAGAGGGAGAAUAUCAGAAGUGAAACUACACGUGGCCAAGGAGGAAGACGACAUUGGAUUAUGACUGUUUGAACUCUAGUGGGAGGAGGGUUCAGGAGGGGAUAUGAAGUCUAUGUUUUUAGUAUACUUUCAGUUCUGGUUUAGCUUUGUUUGCAAUCUGACGUGUUUAGUAAAAAUUACCAAUCUCUUCAACAUGAUGGAAUUGGGUCUUUAUUUUCUUAAACAUUGAUCUGAGGCAAGCUGAUACCACCAAUCUAUUGAUAUUCCCUGUUCCUUUAAUGUCUGGAUAUUUUAAAGUUUUCCCUGUUUGUCAAAUAUUGCCGUAUAUCUUGGCAUCUUACUUAUGUCUAGUGUAUUCAGGUGGAUCAUCGCCUCCAUAGUGGAUAACCAGCCAGGAAUUUUCAUAUAGUAUUUUUUCCUUAUGUCUUGCCAAUUCCGUAACAAUGCGUCUCUUAUUCUAUGUCUGUAAAAAUAUGAAUGCGUCUUACUUCCUUUAUCCUACAUGAAGGCGUGCCACCCCUUUUGUAAAUCAUGGCCUUCCAAUGCUAUGAUUCUUCUAUUAUUUAAAUUGACCCAUUCCCUUAUCCAAACCAAAGAUGCCAUCUUGUGGUAAAGUUCCCAUGCUGGAAGUCCAAAGCCACACUCGUUGCAAUCAGUUCAUUCUCAGUAAAAUAUACCUUUCUCUACAAACAGUGGAGUUGGGGGUUUUCUUUCUUGAGUUUUGAAAGGAGGCAGCUCCAGAUAUUCUACAUCAGAGAUUGUAUUCAGGAGGUUCUAACCAGUUAUGGAGAACCGGUAGUGGAAAUUUUGAGUAGUUCAGAGAACUGGUAAAAACCACCUCUGACUGGCCCCGCCCCAUCUAUUUUCUGCCUCCCGAGUCCCAGCUGAUCGGGAGGAAAUGAAGAUUACGCAAUUCCCUCCCCAUUCCUCCCCUGGAAUGGGGAGGGAAUGGAGAUUUUACAGUAUUCUUCCCCUGCCACACCCAACAAGCCAUGCCCACCAAGCCACUCCCACGGAACCCAUUACCCGCCUAUAUCUGUCUACUAAGUACCUACUUAGCCUUGUAAGUAACUGGGUCCCAAGUAUUUAGAUCUGUUUUCAAUUGUUUGAAUUAUAAACCCAGUUACAGUGGAAUUGCAGUUACCAUAGGUGCUCAGACAAGUUCACCUGGUGUUCCACUGUAGCUUAUUGAAACUCUUCCAAAGCUCUAAGUUAAAUACAAUCAAUUUAAAUAUCACCAGCGAUGCUCUGUGUGUGGGAUGUGGGUUUGUCUUUGGAUGACCAUGUGCCACAGAUUAAGAUGGAUGCUUCUUUGUGCUUCUGCCUUCUCCAAAUGCUAAAGGAAAUGGAGUCUGACUUCCCAGCAUGCACUUAGUUUGAACUUAUGGGUUGAUAGGUAAAAUGGGUUGGGUCAGCAUCAAACAAUAUACUUGGUCUUUUGUCUCUCUGGCCACUAAAUGAGCCACAAUAGUAUAUAAAAGUUAUAUGCUGGGGCAUGGCAGUAAGACUACUUAGGUAAUGAUGUUAACCUAUGCUUAAUGUUUUCCAGGUGUUCUUUUCCUAUAGGGGGAAAUAGGACACCAGUCCUAUUACAGAAAUAUUCCCAUAUUUUAGACUUUGAACAACCUCAGCUCAUUGUUCAAGCAAGAUUUAGGAAAUCCUCUUUCAACAAGAGUUAAAAUGUCAUAUGUAUAUAAAAUACCAUAUGUACCCACCUCUUCAGUAGGUGGCUCAGGGGCUAGGACCUUGAGCUUGUCAAUCGAAAGGUCGGCAGCUCAGUGGUUCGAAUCCCUAGUGCUGCCGUGUAAAGGGGUGAGCUCCCGUUACUUGUCCCAGCUUCUGCCAACCUAGCAGUUUCGAAAGCACGUAAAAAUGCAAGUAGAAAAAAUAGGGACCACCUUUGGUGGGAAGAUAACAGCGUUCCAUGCGCCUUUGGCAUUGAGUCAUCCAGCCACAUGACCACGGAGACGUCUUUGGACAGCGCUGGCUCUUCGGCUUUGAAACAGAGAUGAGCACCGCCCCCUAGAGUCGGCAAUGACUAGCACGUAUGUGCGAGGGAAACCUUUACCUUUACCUUUUACCCACCUCUUCUAGCCAUUUAUUGUCAGGCUAUAUUACACCUGUGCUUUUAUGACUUUUUUUCAGAUCUCUCUUGGCCUUCUACAUGGUCGUGCUACUCAUAUACUUUGGCCUCCAGAGCGUUGGCAAAAGUUACAACCCAAACUUUUUCCAGAACGCCAGCCUUUCCGAUGUGACCAGGAAUGACUAGUUUGGAUUUGUUAGAAAACUUAUAAUUGAAUUUGAUAUGACUAUAUGAAAUGGCUGAUGGUAAGGCUUUUCUUAAUAAAAGAUUGGUGCAAAUGAAAUACCUCAUUGCUUCUAAAGCAAUUCUGUCUUAAUUUUAACAUUUCAGCCACCCCAAAAUUCUACAGGGCUUGAACAUUUUAGUCUAGUGUCUUAAUUUUACAGACAAAAAUAUUUGUUUUGCUUUUUUUUUUCAUUACAAGUUUUAGGGUUUUCUUUUUCUCUUACUAUUUGUUUUUUCACAGGAUACUAGAUGUUACUACUGGAUGGUAAAUUUUAUGAUAUCAACAUGUAAUUCAUCAUUAUUUUAAAUGUAAUACUUUAUGUAUUUUAAUACUUUAGAUGGUAUAAUAAUUGUUUUGAAGGAACAAUAUUUCUAAUGUAGAAAACUGUGCCCUAGAAUCAAUUUUCUCAUAAAUACAUUUCAUUAAAUGUUGCUUUACUUGUUAUUACUGUCAUGAUUACAUUAAUUGUAUUUGCAUUGCAUUUUAAGGAUAUUUAAAAUCUCUAUUUCUAAUGUAGUCACUCACUGACAGAAUAAAUACAAUGAAUUGGAAUAUACUUUACAAAAAAUCUCUAGUCUUUAUUUUACUAAAUGUUUAAAUAUGAUAA